AUGAAUGACGAAGAAUUCGAAGCUGCUGGUCAGCAAAUGCUCAAAUAUGUGAUUGAUUACCACAAGAAUAUCAGGGAACGUCGUGUCAUGCCUGAUGUGCGACCUGGUUUCAUGCGAAAACUCCUUCCCGAUCAUGCCCCACAUACACCAGAAAAAUGGGACCAGUUAUUCAAAGAUAUCGAACGUGUCAUUAUGCCAGGGGUGACCCACUGGCAUCACCCACAUUUCUACGCCUAUUUCCCAACGGCAAAUUCUUAUCCCGCCAUCUUAGCUGACAUUCUCUCUGAUACAAUUGCCUGUAUCGGAUUCACCUGGGCUUCCUGUCCAUCUUGUACGGAAUUAGAAGUCAUUGUAAUGGAUUGGCUGGUUAAAGUGAUGGAUCUUCCUGAAGCGUUCCUUUCGACGUCUCCAGGCCAUGGUGGAGGAGUGAUUCAGGGGACUGCUAGCGAAGCAACUCUUGUUGCUGUUCUGUCAGCAAGGACAAAAUUUAUAAAUAAAAUCAAAGAGAAAAACCCUAGCAUGGAAGAUGGCGUGGCGCUCACUAAACUGAUUGCUUACACUUCAAGACAGUCACAUUCUUCAGUGGAACGGGCAUAUAUGAUUGCGUUGGUCAAGUAUCGAAUCCUAGACACUGAUGAAAAGCAAGCGUUACGUGGGGAUACUCUAAAGAAGGCCAUCGAUGAAGACAGGGCGAAAGGAUUGACGCCAUUUUUUGUAAAUAUUUCAUCUAUCGAUAGAAGUAGGUACCCUAAGCAAUCGUGUAUCCCUGUGAUUAAGAUAUCAAUGUUUAUUUUUCUUUCUCAGGUAUGUGCCACGUUGGGAACCACUUCUUCUUGUGCGUUUGACAACUGUAAAGAAAUUGGAAUUGUCUGCGAACAAGAAAAUAUUUGGAUGCAUAUUGACGCUGCCUAUGCAGGCAGUUCCUUCAUAUGUCCAGAAUAUCGGCCACUCUUGGAUGGCGUGGAACACGCCGAUUCCUUUAACUUCAAUCCACACAAAUGGAUGCAGGUGACAUUUGAUUGUUCAACCAUGUGGGUGAAGAACAGCAAGGACAUAAGUCAGUCAUUUAGCGUCGAACCUGUUUACCUGAAACACGAGAAUGAAGGACUGAUGCCUGAUUACAGACAUUGGCACAUUCCUUUGGGACGACGAUUCCGGUCUUUGAAACUUUGGUUUGUGCUGAGAUUAUUCGGUGUGAAAGGUCUUCAGGAUAUCAUACGACAGAUGGACAAUUAUGCUGUUACACGAUUUGAACAAUUUUUGCUGUUACACACGGUAUCUAUAUAUCUAUAUCUAUCUAUCUAUCUAUCUAUCUAUCUAUCUAUCUAUCUAUACAUACAUAUAUAUAUAUGUGGCAGUAAUGAAAUUAAUGAAAAACUAAUCAAGAGUAUAAAUGAAGAUGGGCGAAUCCACAUGGUCCCCUCCAGAGUGGACGACACUUUCUUUCUGCGUCUCUCUAUUUGUACCACCCGCACUCAGAAUCAUGACAUCGAUUUUGCCUGGAAGGUCGUCUCCGAGGUGGCUGACAAUGUUCUGAAGACGGCGAAGUGA